UCACAUGACCUUCUAUUUACUAAAGCAACAACACUAGCCAGAUUUUCAACCAAACAUAUCGACAACAGUUCGAUUAAGCGCGCGAAACUAAAAGCUCAAGUUAGUGUUUUAUUAUAACUUUUAAUAUCUAAAUACCAAGUGAAGUGUCUAGGUAGUGUGUGAUAGUAAAAGUGAUAUUAAUAGUGCCGUUUAAAAUUGAUACAAUUUGAAAAAGCUUCCGGAUGUUUGUGAACUAACUUAGAACUUAUCAUAAUCUACUGUAGUACUACUAGCACAUUAACGCGAGUUUAUACUGACGCUAGUAUGUACUCAGAAACCACCAGUACAGGAAGCGGAAGUGACUUGGAAUGUUCAGCUGGAGUGAGACUUGUUGUUCUAAACCUCCCCGAAGAUGAGGGCGAGGGUCUCGGCUUCCGGCUGACGCGCACGCUGUGGGACCCCUACCCCUGGGUGCGCGAGGUGACGCCGGCCUCCAGGGCCGACCACGCGGGGCUGAAGACCGGUGACUGCUUGCUGCAGGCCGAUGGACGGGAUUUGCUAGGGUUGCCUGUAGGCCAAGUGGCUGGUCUGAUCCGCGGGGACGGGGCGGGGCGCGGGGUGUCGCUGCUGGUCUGGAACUGCGGGGUUGACCCUAGAGAUGAUCCUGAGUUACUAUGGAGUUGCGGCGGAGGUUCCCGCGGGGAGCGGUCGCGGCGCGCGCUGUCCGGCGUGGUGAAGGCUCUGGCGUGCUGCGUCUGCGCAUCCACCGCCACCAAGCCUCUCAGCUGCGCGCGAUCGCAUCUUUAUUGUGAAGCAUGCUGGACGAGACUGGAGCGUUGCGCUUUGUGCAGAGAAACACUACCCGCUAAGGAUUCGCAGUAUGCGAGAAACUUAGUAGCUGAACAGGUUUUUGAAGCCAUCGCUGUCGAAUAUGAAAUAAAAGACGCAAUGAAAAAACCUAUACAAUCUGCUUCCAGCAGUAAUCUGUCUAAUUGCUCCCCAAAUAUGUCGCCAACUAUAAACAGGAAAGGACAGUACCAACUCUCAAUGAUGAAUAGAAAGAAGACUGUACAAUUCAAUGAGAAAUUUGGCCCGAGUUAUGCUUCAGACCCAAAUAUACAUCGUUCGUCACAACAGCAACCAGAGUUGAACAUCAAUAGACAACUUCCAAAACGAAUAAUUUCCACAAACACAAAUAUUGGCAACUCUAGUCUACAUAAAGACAACGAAAACAGUGGGAAAUCUGUUUGCACUUGUCAGAAAAACUCGACCAAACCGGAAAAAAAUAUUCAGACACCAAAUAAGCAAGAACAAGAAUCUCCAAAUUGUUGCAAUUCACUACAUGGUAAUCCAUCUAGCUGCCAAAAUCUACUGAUACAGCACAAAUUGGUAGCUAGACUAAGGCCAGCGUGCUCUUUAGUCGAUUUGCAAAACUCUGGAUUACAAACUUGUGGAUAUUCAAGAUCAUUGAAUAACAUCAACCGAACUCCAUGUAUGGAUAACAACCAUCACACUGGCUCUUUGGAUGACUUGAAAAAUAACAACUGCACCUCUAAUUAUGAUUCACCGGUUCUCUUGUUAGCGCCUCAACAGCCGAUUUACGUUUUAACAUAUGAACAUAGUAACUAA